CACUCGCCCAGUCCGUCGAUUGAGCUGCCAGGUCGCCCCUGAUUUCUUACGAAUCCUGUCAGAAACAUCCGGACACGAUGUCUCGCGCUUCUAAGUUGACAUUGGCCGCGACUGGUCUUGGUACGGCGGGGAUCAUCUACUUUGUGCACUGGGCGCAGGAACAGGAGAAAGUGUCUAUGCACAAGGCCGUGGAGCAGGAUAUGGAGAAACAGCGCAUUCGCAGGGAACGACAGGCCGAGUUCGAGAUGCAAAGGGCGCUGGAACAGGAGUACCUGAAGCUACAGAAGGUUUCCCCGAGCGCUGAUGACCCAAAGGGAGGACCGGCGAAUCAAGGACAAGGGUCAUAAUGGAAGGCCGAUUCUUUGCAAUUGAUGGACAUGCGUUCGGGAUAGCUGCCCCCGAGAUGCGAUAGCCAUGUGCUUGUAGAAUAAUAUACCCAAAAUGUACAGUAUAGAAUCACCGACUCCAC